AUGCCAGCUUUGAAUGUGGUCUCCAUCGUUUAUGCCGCUAGAAGAGAUGACGGCUAUGUCGUCUCAGACUUCAAACGCUAUAGAAACCGCUGUGCCCAUCGUAUAGCCCAUUAUAGACACACCGUCGGUGUUAAAAGCAUCUUUUAUAGAGACGAGAACGAUUUACCUGAAGAGCACAGGAGUCCAUCUGCUUAUGAGAACCUACUCCUACUUGUUCUCUUCGAAGCUGAACGAGCGCUUGGCGAGGCCAUGCAGGCGCACCAAGCCAUGCAGACAGACGCCCUUUACAGCAAGAUGCGACGCCGGGUAUUUACUCGUCUUCAUCGCGCUGUAGAAAGAGCUUCUGUUGUGGAAACAUUGGGCAAAAAAGGCUCUGCUGUUUACGCUUCCUGUCUCUUCUAUAUGCACUAUUUAAGAGGUGUCCUGAAGCAUGAACGUGAGGACUAUACAGCAGCCGCUUCGGACUUCGAUGUUGCCAAGGCAUUACUUGACAAGAUGAAGGCAGCUCCUGGUGCAGACCUUGCUGGACUGCAGUUCUUCUCUGAUGAAAUUGAGAAACGUAGAAAUUACUGCAUUUAUAUGGUUUCCGCGUUUGUAGACGAUCCAGUGGUUGCUAAGCUCCUGGAUAAUGAGCGUAGUCAGAUAGUAGCAGAAACUAUUGCGGGGCUAGCCACAGCCGACGACAUGGAAUUUGGUGCGGCGCUAGAUCUUUGUCUUUUAACUGGCCGCACGUCUCUAGCCCGUCCUCAGGGACCUCUUUCUAAACGCUUGGAGCCACUUCUAGAAGCGCGAUCAUCUAUCGGAGACCCUUCCUCUAUAGUUUGUGAACUUCUGUCGGGCUAUGAAGCGUUCUAUGGGUGUGCAACACAGUUCUAUUUUGGAAGCAAAGAUGAAGCCCUCCGCAAGACGCUAAGCGAGGUAUCAAUCGGACUCAAGACCGCAGGGAAGAAACUAGCCAUUUAUAAGGUAUGGCUUGCAAGAUUUAGGACCCUAUGCCUAGUGUAUCGUGAGAAGACAGGUUCAUUUGAUAAGCCCCGAUUAGAUGCCAUUCUUCGUGUCCUCAAUGGGGAAAUGCGACUCCUAAAAUUGAUUUCUGGCCUAACCAUGGUGAUUUAUAGGCUUGUCUAUUUCCAGGAAGAAAUAUUCCUUAUCGAUACGGACACAGCCCCUGCUGUAUCCCUUGGAUCGCUACCUUUAAAGGGUAAGGGCGCCUUAACGCUGAUAGUUGAAACGAUCGCCGUCCUUGAGGGCAUGACUGCGCCAACUCACCGUGCAAUACAUGCACUGAAUGCCACAAAUGAUCCGCUAUUGUCUCUCCUGUUGGCUCUCCACAGCUUUGAAUCCGCUCUCUUCUUGUGUAAUAAACACCAAGAAGAUGUCAGCGGGGACGCAGAGAAUAACAAGCUGAAAAAGGACCUACUGAGGCAAGCCAGCUCCCGCUUUUCCCAACUAAGUGCAGCAUCGGCCACCGUGAAGCCAGAUCUCAUCCAAUCAAAGAUUACUGAAUUGGGUGGCCUGUUUCCGGGGCUAGUAUCAUUACUGAUAGGCGUUCUUAAGAAUGAUAAAUUAUUUUCCAACAUAGCGACCUUGUCCACCAACAGGCUGAUAGUGCUUAUGGUGGAGGCUCAAAAGAGGAUGGACCCCGUAGUCUUCCAGCUAUACGGCCUGCUACCGCCUCCCUAUACCGAGGACAUGGUUCCUGACUUACUGGUUCCUGAUUUCAUAAUGAAUUCUAGUGUUGACGAGCCCGAAAGAGAGUCUAGCAAAGAAGUUGUAGAAAAAGCUGACGUACCUAAGAAGAAAAGGUUCUUUGGCCUAUUCUAG